AUGUUGAGCCGGCCAACGCGUCGCUGCCUGCUCACGGCAGUGUCCUCCGUGCCGAGCACUACUGCCGCCACCUCUUCGGGCGGCGUGUCGCGUGAGUCGGAUGCGUCGGCGGUGAGGCGGUCGACUUUUGUCCAACCGGGGCUGGAGGGGCUGCGCAUCGCUGCGUACGCGCCUACUGAGCCAGGCGUGCCGUCGUCGCGGCGCCGGCUUCCCGUGGCCAUUGGUCACGUCGUCUCGCAGCUGUCGUCCCUUGUGUUCGCAGUAGACUUCGAUGAAAGUCCACCACCGCCCUCCGUGUCGCUAGGAUCGCGCGUCUAUGUGGCCUACGAGCGGGAGGAUGAGGACCCGACCUCGCAGCAGGGCGAUGGAGGCGUGGGCGGUGCGCCGAGUCGCGUCUUCCUGGUGGGCGGCCUCGUCGUGCGAGUGAACCCUAAUGGCACCUUGGGUGUCCUGCUGGACCACAACAAGGUGGAUCUGGCGGUCCCACCGGAAAAGAUAGCUGUGUCGGAGGGCGUGUGCAAAUUCCUCAAUCACUACAAGUACCUGCGGGUUGUGGAGUGGGUGCGCUCUGCCGGGCUCUCGGAGACGGACGACGUGGAGAGCACCGCGUGCAUCCUGUACCACCGCGGCUGGCGGGCGGAGCGUCUGUACUUGAUCGAGGCUUCUGACAUCCGCAGCAUGACGCACCUGUCCCAGUGCGCCCGCAUGUCGCUCAUGGAGAAAGCAGAGUGGCAGCGUGAUCACCACCGUCAGAUGCGCAACAUUCACAGGGAGCGUGUGAAGGAGCGGGACCGACGGUACAUGUCUGCCAAGUACGCCGGCAUCCUCUCCGCCAGCGUCGCCUUCUGCGGCGCCUUCUCGCUCUUCGGGUGGAACUACAGGAACUACCUGACGCACCAGCGCUCCUACCAGAUGCGCUUUGCGGUGAAAACGCUCUGCAAGAAGGUGCCUCCAGGAAGUGCAACCACCAUCGGCGCGCCGCCAGCAGCGACGGGUGCGGAGACAUCGACGUCGUCCUCCUCGGCACACCGCCUGUCGAAACACGUUCGCCGGGUGGUGCAGGAGCGAUGGAUUCGACAGGUAUUUCACCGACUCGAUACAGCGCACCCUCGUAUCGUGGUUAUCACCGGGUACUUUGGAUGUGGAAAGAGUUCGCUGUGCAGCACUGCCAUUCACGAGGAAGGCAUGGCCGGCGUCUUCGUGGAUGUGCGCAACAAGGAGGACACACUGCGCAGCAUCAUCAAGGCUCUUGGUGUGCCGCACGUUGAGGCCUGCGGCGACCCCCUCGACUUCAUCUCGGAAGCCUGCUACAAGGCCAAGUCCAUCACAAAUGGAAAGACACCCGUGAUUGUCCUGAAGCUGCGUGAGGGGGAUAGCCUGACGCAUGUAUACAACGAGGCGCUGACGUUGGCGUGCGAUCGCCGCGCGUGCCACAUCGUGGUUGAGGUGCCGCUUGAGUCGCUGACCACGACUAACACGUUGCUGCCGCGGUUGGAUUUCUACACAGUCCCCAACUUCAGCCGCUCGCAGGCGUACGAGUACAUUCAACAUCGCCUCGACGCUCUCGGCAUGGAGGUGUUUCUGAGCACCGUGGGCACGAACAGCAACGACUUGGAUGAGCUGCUUGCUGCCGCACAUCAGCACCAUGUAUCGCCGACGGAGUACACGAACGAAAAGCUUUUCAAGGCGAUGCGCCGGCUGCAGACAGCGUGGGGCGACGAUGCGCAGCUCAAGGCGGCUGUGAAGCGUCUGGCGCAGUUGCCAUACGAUGAAGGUCGACACGAGGGUCUUGACGACAGCAGUUUCAGUCACCCAUCACUGCGCGAUGUGAUCUUUUACAAUUCUGUGCAGGAUGUUUGGCUCUUCAAGAGCCAAGUGCUGCACACCGCCGCCUCCUGCUUGCUAUGA